CGCUAGCACGCGGCGCACACUUUCAUUCAUUCUUCUUGAAGUUGAAGAUUCGCAGGAAGCUGGCCCAGCGCCAAAAGCCGCACUGCAGGAGUGUUGCUGGUGGAAAUCAAGGGCGCUAUUCUAGCUGGUCCCUGACGUUCUUACCUGGAUUGUCUGAUUGGGAGCCAAUCCGAACAUUCAUAGAGCUGACAGCAUUUGCUGCAUCCCCACCGUUCAGCAGACACCGGAUGCAUUUGCAGUAGACUUCCAAACGGAUGGGAAACUUUCCGAUGGAGAACCACUGCUUCGAAGUUGUGGAUAUCCCAGGGAAGGGACGAGGCCUCGUAGCAGCCCGCCAAAUCUUAGGCGGUGAGACUGUGCUGUGUGACCCCCCUCUCCUGCUGGUGGUGGACGAACAAGCCAAAGCCUACUGCUGCUCCCACUGCUUUAGGAUGUCCACGAGCGUCAGGCUUGACCGGGCACCUGAGGCGCAGCUGCCUCGGGAGACCGUCGGAAAUGAACAGUUAGAAACUGGGCAUGGUGGUCCUGAGACGGGCGCAGAAACUUCGGGAUUAGCAAUUGAUGAAAAUGAUGUGUCGUUCAAUGAUUUGGGGGAGCCGUUCCAAGUUCACUGCGAAAGCUGCAGCGAGGUCUGGUUCUGUGGCACAGAGUGUAGGCAGAAAGCAAGCGCGUCUGGUCAUUCGCCUCUUGUCUGCCGGAUCCUUUCGAAGUUGGGAGGCUCGACCCUUAGCAGCGAUGAGAAGAAUCAAGCCCGCUUUCUGGCGGCAGCGGUCGAUCUCAAAGCUUCAACACAGCCUGUGGUCGAGCUUGAGAACAAACCAGAAGGGGGUGAUACGAAGGUCGCAAGCAGUAGUGGGGUAAACACAAAGCGGGCUAAUCCUGACACACCUAUUAGACAGCCGUUUGAUGCAUUACUUCGUCUUGAUGGGGAGCCGUCAGAGACAGGAAGUGGCUCCGGGGCAUUGUACGCGUUCUUGAAGGAGGCGGUUGCAGAAAGGGGGGAAAAGGUAGAAGCUUUCGACCAGGAGACGGUGUCCCUCUUGUUGUGCAAAGACCAGCGCAACAGUUACGGGAUCAUGGCGCCCAACGGCCCAGAGGGCGAACGGCGCCUCCGAGCGAGCGGCACAUACAUGAGAGCAGCGCUAAUCAACCACAACUGUCUGCCUAAUGUGGCGCGGUUUGACUACUUUGACAAGCCCGGUGACCGCAACACGGACGUCUUCCUCCGCGCUCUGCACGACAUCCCCGCGGGAGAAGAGAUUUGCCAGAGCUACUUCCCUGUCUCGUGGCCGUACGAGCUGCGGCAAGAGCGGCUCGCGGAGGAGUACGGGUUUACGUGCACGUGCCAGCGGUGCCUGACGGAGCAGGCGUGGUCGGACGAGGACGAAGACGGGGAAGGGGACGAUGAGGAAACGGAGGGGGGAGAUGCGGGUGUAACGGAGUUGGAAAUCGUUGGGACGGGGUUGUCGAAGGGGAAGGCCAAAGUUGUGGAAGCGGAAGGACGGGGCGAGUCCAGCGAAGAACCGGAGAGAAGAGCGUUGGGGGACGUUGGAAUUGGUAGCGAGAGCGAGGAAGGAGGGCCUUUGGGAGGUGAGACUGCGGGGCAAGAUGACUUCCAGCACGCAAUUUUCUUUGUUAAGUACUUGUGUCCGGACGAGGAUUGCGGUGGCACAAUGGCGCCACUUGAAGGUAGAUGGACCGGAGUCCAAAGCGGGAAGGGCAAGUACGACCCUGCUGAAGCAAUGGAGUGCAACAUGUGCGGGAAGAUCAGGACAGAUGCCGAGUUUGAAAGCGAAUUAGCAUUACUUGAAGACGAACAAGCCGCAGAGCUAUCAUAGCUGACUGCGUAACAGUUCUGGCUUCCUCGAAAGGAAAGGGGCAGCUUGGUAAAACCGAUUUGCUGUACCUGUUCUUGUGCUGCCACAUCUUUCACAUUAAGCUGCAAAUUGGGCGGCUCCAUUGUAUGCAGUGCACGCUUGCUCAUUUUGUUAC